UGUAACAUUUAUCAUGUGAAUUUUGCAGUAACCUUUACAGUUACAACAUGUGGAAGCGUUAUAUUGUAGGACUAUUGAUGUCCGUAGAUAUUAAGUUUUAUGUGGGCAGUGAUUGCUAGGUAUUCAUGAGAAAGCAAGGCACUAUGUUGUAUCGGUAGAAUUCAGUUUUAACGUUCAUUUUUCUAAGAAUAUUGCCUUCAUUUGAAUGUGUUAUUUAUGCAUUUUCUUUUUUACAACUUACUACCAUGUCUUUACCAGCAGUACAGACCACAAGUGUCAUCUACCGCAAGAUUUUGUCUCGGUUUCCCCAGGACAUGAGCCUGGCUUUUGCCUACGGAUCGGGCGUGUUUAGACAAUCUGGGACAACCCAUGGGCAGAUGGGGAGUAAUAUGCUUGAUUUUGUGUUUGCUGUGGAUGAUCCAGUCUCUUGGCACACAAUGAAUCUGAUGAAAAACCACAAGCAUUAUUCCUUCCUGAGGUACCUGGGUCCCAGACAUGUCAGCAACGUUCAGAGCCAACAUGGAGCUCGAGUCUAUUAUAACACAUUAGUACAAUGUGAUGGCAGGAUGAUCAAGUAUGGGGUCAUUAGCACAGAUGCUUUGAUUGAGGACUUGUUUCACUGGAAGACCUUAUAUAUUGCUGGGAGGCUCCAUAAACCAGUUAAAAUCCUGGUUCAGAAUGACAGCAGCAAGCUGCGGGCGGCUCUGGUCAGUAACCUGAAGAGUGCAGUCACGGCCGCCUUUCUCAUGCUGCCUGAGAGCUUCUCAGUGGAGGAUCUCUUUGUCCAAAUUGCUGGACUCUCCUAUGCCGGGGAUUUUAGGAUGGUAAUAGGAGAAGACCGAUCCAAGGUUCUGAAUAUUGUCAGGGGCAAUCUGCCACACUUUCAGAACCUCUACGGCAACAUUCUUCAUGAAUGCUCACAGGUGGUUUACAAGCCACUGCAGGGGAAAUUAGAGAUUGAUAAAAGUCCAGAGGGUCAGUUCACACAGCUGAUGGGGCUACCCAGGACUCUUCAGCAAGAGAUUACAAGUCUUGUAGAUCCACCUGGAAAGAACAGGGAUGUAGAAGAAAUCUUACUGCAGGUGGCUCAGGAUCCAGACUGUGGAUUAGUGGUGCAGCAAGGAAUAUCUUCAAUUGUCAAGACAUCAAGCCUAACACAGAGUGCCAAAGGCAUUGUAACUGCUGGCUUGAUAAAAACUGUAUCAUAUAGUCUGAAAAAGCUCCAGAAAAUGUGGAAGGGAUCAAGAAGGAAGUCCAACUGAAUGAAGUCAUCUACUUUAUGGACCUGUUGAAUAUAUUUGCUAUAAAAGUCACCAGUUUCAUUGCUUUGUUUAUUUUUAUUUGACAACUUCACUUAUCAACGCAAUGAAUCUUCUGCAAAGGUAACACUUGAAUUUGAAGUGCAUUUCCCUCUUGGUCCUUUACGGCUGGCUUUUAAAGAGCUUUCUUUGUUCUGGAGGGGAAAACAUUCUGGAAAAUGUGCUCCUCAAAAAGCUAGAUAUGAGUUUCAUGAAAUAUGGGGUAUGUUAGCACAAAAAUUGUGUGGGAGCUGGAUCCUAUCCUGGCAAGAAAUGGGCAGAAAGCAGGGUCAUACCGCUGGAGGGCCAAAGGUUUGUUGCAGGGCAGACUGACACAGACAAACACCCGAAGAAGGCUCCACAGCUGAAACGUUGUGUUUUUCUUCUCUUUUCAGCGUGGAAUAAACCUUUACUUGUUCCUUUGCAGCCUAUGCAUGCUGAUGCAGCUACCUGCUUGAACUGCUGCCACAAACACAUACAGGACCUGGGCACUCUCACACCAGGGCCAAUUUUCCCAGAAGCCACUUAACAUACCAGCAUGUGUUUGGAUUGUGGGAGGAAACUGGAGGACUAGGGGAAAAAUCGUGCGAACAUGGGAAGAAUAUAAAAACAAGAAGGCACCCCAGGUCCAGAGAAUUGAACCCAGGGCCUCAGUGUUAUUAGGCAGCAACGCUAACCACUGUACGAUCUUGCUGCCCUAUUACAGACACAUCUCUGUAUUAAAAUGUCUGACUUCAGGUUGGUUAUAAAUUAUGUACAGCAAUUAUUUUAACAAGUGAAUCUGAUCUACAGUUACUCAGGAGGAUUCUCACAAUAUUCCCUUUCUGGAUGGUUCAUGAUAUGAUGUUUUAGGUUAUAGUUUAGGCAAAUAAAUCAAUCUUGCUGUUUCACAAUCGGGUUAUUUUCGGUAACAACAGCCUCUCAUCGUAUAUUCCAGCCUUAGUGUUUGCAUGUUCUUGUCAUUUACUUAGAAACAGAAGGUGUAAAUUAAGAGUUCCUCUCCACAUUUGUAAAUUCAGCCAGAGCAUUUACCUAUACAUAUACAAUUCAAUUCUCUUCCCAAAAUUUUGCCUCAAAUAUAUUAAAUCAAAUUUUUAUGCAAAGUGUAAAAUAGCAAAACUAUUUUACUGAAUUUUUCAAAAAUUCCACCACAUUUAAUUUGAAACUGUUUUCUGAUGUGACCAUACGACAGAUCUUGUAGACAGAUUCAGCGUCUUCUCAUUUCAUCCACGGUAAUGUGUCCUUUUGCUUUACUCCUGGGCCAGAGCUCUGUAUGCUGAGUCAAUUUUAUCCUUUUCACUAAAGCAAACUGGCAAAUAAUUUACAAGCUUCACUUCCAUGGGAAGUUGCAGCAGAAAGACGUUAUUUUUGCACAAUUCUCUUGAGACUUUGCUAUCCUGUAGUUAUUCACAUGGCUUGAGGUCUCACUUUUAGAAAUGAUCUACAACCGUUAACUACCAUAACGAUGCAGCUUAACUCCUUGUUUAUUAGAACACUUUUUAAAUUUUUUGGUGUGUUUUUCCUGAUGUUGUGUUGGAUAAUUGUUUUAUCAUGCCAACCUAGACAUUUUGCAUUUAUACUAAAGGAUAUGUGCUGAUGUAUCCCAUUAUUUGUCAAAUAUUAAUUUGGCCUCAUUACUUAAGUUUUAUAGCAUUUAUAUAAUGAGUCUUGCAAUAUAGCUUUGUUUAGACCUAUCUGUCUGUCAUUCAUAGCACAUUCAUUUGCUAUUCUUAAAGUGGUUUAGAAAUCCCGUAAUUAGUGAUGAUCAAUUCCACUGAAAAAUGUCUCCUUAUCUUGUUAAUGAUAAAUAAAACAAUUUAAAACCAUUUAUCACCUAUCUGUGUAUGCUAGGACAAUUAACCAUAUGUGGAAUUUGUCUGUUUAUGAGAUAGGCAAGAGCAAUACUAAAGUACCUGGAUGUCUAAAACAUGCUAAAACUAAAAAAAAGGACAAACACAUAACAUUAUCCAGUAUGAUUACAUGCAGAUUGUGCCAAACCAUGGAGGAGCUUACAGUUUUAACAUUACUGUCUUUUUCCUGACAACAUAGCAUCAUUGUGGCUUCACCAGCAUGGCAAUAUUUGCUUCCAUUGUGUUUCAGAAUAUGUUCAACGAAUGACCUACUGCAUUAUGCUGGUUUUCGAAUAAAUGUACAAGUGAAACUA